AUGACAGGUCUUAAAGUUUCAGUGGUGCAGAUUAACUUGCAUCACAGCAAAGGCGCCUCAGCGAUUUUAGCUAGGGGCAUAGCUGUGAUGCAGACAGCAAUAGCACUUUUCAGUAAUGGAGAUAUCACGGUGGUACAAGUGAGGUUUAAUCUGGACGAAGGGACCCACAGGGAUGUAUUGAUGGGGUCAGUCUACAUGCCCUAUGACGCCAAAGACCUUCCACCACAGAGGGAAGUCAAGGAGCUAAUGAAAUAUGCGGAGGAGAGAGGGCUGGAGGUGCUCCUGGGUUGCGAUGCAAACUCCCACCAUGUAGGAACGGAACCCAUCUUCAUGGACUGCAGAAGACGUGAGGUUUUAGACCUAACCCUAUGUACGAGGGGAGUGGCUGAUCUGGUGAGGGACUGGAGGGUUUCAAAUGAACCUUCGGGAUCGGAUCACAGGCAGCUACGUUUUGCGCUCGAGCACAGGGAAAAGGGGAAAUGGGGUCGCAACCCCAGAGGCACAAACUGGACGAGCUACAGGAAGGACCUUGGCACCAUUCUGAAAAAAGCCCCGUCCAGAUUUAAUACAAAACAGGAUCUAGAAGUGGCGUCGCAGUUUGUCAGCGACGCUAUCAUAGAGGCCUAUGAAGUACCGGGACCGGAUGGCAUUUACCCGGCACUCCUAAGGGAGGGACUGGAGGUGUUGACAGGUCCACUAACAAAAGUACUCAGGGCUAGUAUAGCCCUGAGAUAUGUACCACAAACCUGGAGGGAGACGAGGGUAGUCUUUAUCCCUAAACCAGGCAGAAACGGUCAUAUCUUGGCCAAGGAUUACAGGCUGAUCAACCUUACAUCAUUCAUUUUGAAAACAGUGAAGAGGCUGGUAGACAGAUACCUGAAGACAGGACCCUUGGUCUCUUGCCCACUGACCACAACUCAAUACGCUUAUAGGGAGGGCAGGUCGACCAAGACUGCCCUACAUCACCUUAUGAGCGGAGUGGAGGGACAGCUGGAAGCCAAGGGGUACGCCAUAGGAGUCUUUAUAAACAUAGAGGGAGCUUUUGAUAGCACUUCUAACAAGUCUAUCAAAGAGGCAAUGUACAGAAACAAGAUCCUAGAGGCGAUCGUGGACUGGACGCAAAGCAUGCUAACGGGCAGAAGUCUAACCGUAAGCCUGGGUGAAAAUUCAGUUGGGGGGAGUCCGGCUGGGGGCUGCCCGCAAGGGGGCGUAAUCUCUCCCCUGCUGUGGUGUCUAGUGGUCGAUGACCUUCUGGCUGAAUUAAAAGAAGCAGGAUUCCUGGUAUAUGGCUACGCGGAUGACGUGGCCAUCAUUGCUAGAGGAAAUUUCAUAUCGAUCCUCAAGGAGAGGAUGGAGGCAGCCUUGAGGAUAGUUCAAACCUGGUGCAGAAAGAAGGGACUGUCGGUCAACCCAUCUAAGACUUCGGCAGUGGUCUUCACCAGGAAAUACAAACCCGAACACAUAGAGCCACUAAAGCUCUGGGGCAGGGAAAUAACUUACACAAGCUCGGUGAAGUAUCUUGGAGUGAUUCUGGAUGCUAAACUAAGCUGGCUGCCAAACCUCGAGGAGAAGAGAAGAAAGUUCUAUACCACCAUGUGGGCUUGUAGAAGAGUAAUGGGUAGAAACUGGGGGCUUCAACCCAGGGCUGCCCUUUGGCUGUAUAGGACGGUGUUGCUGCCAAGACUAACCUAUGCAGCGGUAGUAUGGUGGCCGAGAAUGGAGAGGGUGGGGGCCAGGAACCUGCUAAAAAGCCUUCAGGGUAGUUAUCUGAGGGCUGUGACAGGGACCAUGAGAACCACCCCGACGGAGGCGCUGGAAAUAGCUCUCUGCUACUCACCUCUCGGUCAGCUGAUAAAAUAUCAAGCCAGGAGAACGGCUUAUAGACUUAGAUGUCAGGGGGAAUGGAAAGAUACCUGUCUAGGACACACUAGACUGGGACUUUCUCAGAAGUACCCCUUCAUGUUAAAACAGGAUAGAAUUCCAAGAAAACAUCAGUUGGGGAAGAAAUUUAAAGUUUUAAUACCAACUAGGGACGACUGGAACAAUUCUAAAUUACUAGCUGAUCCAAAAGUGGAUCUUUGGUUCACAGACGGAUCGGGUGCAAAUGGUCGGUAUGGGGUAGGAAUCUAUAGGCCGAAAAGAAACCAUAGAAAAAGCAUACCUCUGGGCGGGCUGGCCACGGUCUUUCAAGCCGAGGUGAUGGCCAUCCUGAGGUGUGCGGAAAUUCUUGUUGUAAACGAUAGUGCAAACCAGCACUUUUACAUAUACUCUGAUAGCAGAGCGGCCAUACAUGCCCUUGCAAAGACCACUACAGAAUCGGCUGUAGUUUGGGACUGCAUGCAGGCAUUAGCUAGACUGAGGGAAUCUAACAAGAUAACUCUAGUAUGGGUCUCAGGACAUCAGGGAUUUCUCGGGAACGAGAUAGCCGGCGAGUUGGCCAAGCUGGGGACCCAAAUGGACCCAGCCACGCAGAUCGUUAGAAUACUUUUUGUAACGGGAAUCAACAUCAUCAGAGGAUGGCUUGAGCGAGAGCACGUUGGCUUCUGGAGAACGAUGGGGGGGCUGCCGGACAGCUAA